CAAGGGUGAUGGGUCCACACGUUGGAAGGUCUUGGGUGUGUUUACUUUCGUGUUAUUCUGCGGCCUCUUUUCACGGUGGUCAUUCGUGUCCUGGCCUCUGGCUCAUUCUCAGCCUGGAGAAGAAGGGCCGAGUGUACUUAGUUGGCUGGCAGACCCUCGGCAUGGAUGGAGUAGAGUGCAUUCACACCUUCGGUGCCGAUUUCCAAGACGUCCGUGGCUUUCUCAUGGGUGACAACAAUGACAUGUUUAACCAGAAGGCAGAGCUCACCAACCAGGGUCCCCAGUUCACUUUCUCCCAGGAGGACUUCCUGAUGGCCAUUCUGCCAUUCCUCGUGGAAACUGACACCAUGGUCUUCAUUUUCAACCUGGAUGAUAACCUCACAGAGGUUCAGGCAUUGGUGGAGCAGGUGAGAGAGAAGACCACGAACAUCCAGGCCCUGGUGCACGGCACCGUGGGGCAGUCCUUGCCGAAGUUCCAGCGUGAACUAAGCACCAAGUGGGUGUUGAAUAUAGUGAGUACCGGGGCCCACGUGCUGCUGGGGAAGAUCCUAGAGAACCACAUGCUGGACCUCCGCAUCGCCAACUCCAAGCUCUUUUGGAGGGCACUGGCCAUGUUGCAGCGGUUCUCUGGACAAUCCAAGGCUCGCUGCAUCGAGAGCCUCCUCCAAGCAAUCCAUUUUCCUCAACCACUGUCAGAUGAUGUCCGGGCUCCUCCCAUCUCCCACCAUGUCCAGGUUGCCCACGAGAAGGAAAAGGUGAUCCCCACAGCCUUGCUGAGCCUUUUACAACGCUGCUCCAUCACAGAGACCAAGGCACGCCUGGCCGCAGCUCCUUGGGGCUGCAAGGUUGUCAGGAGCGCCCUCUCUGGGCCGGGUCAGAAGCGCACCACCCGAACCCUUGGGGACCCAACAGCCUAUAGUGCAGUAAAUUGAUGUUUCUGGGACCGUGAAGGGGCAGAGCCUUGGUCCAGUCCCACGAAGACUUGUGCCAGAGAUACACUUGGUGGUGGGACAAACCCAAUUUUGGGGGGUGGGGGUGGGGCAUUAACAGCCCGGGACCGGGGAAGAGCCACUGGCAUCUUCUAAUCUCAGAAAUAAAACUGAUUGUCUUG